UAACUACAAGCUCAAACAAUGGCUGACAAAGUUCGCGAACAGCGCCAGUAUGAUCACCUCAAGGCCCGCCACAUCGGGCUCGGAAACGCCGACACCACCAAGCUUGAAUGGAUGAGCAAUGUACACAGAGAUACAUAUGCAAGUUUUGCAGGCAACGCGGCCUUGUGUCUGUAUUACAGUGUGGCCAUGAACGAGUCACUGAGUUUGACGCGGACUCGCUUUAUCGAGAAAAUGAUUCAGCCAUGUGGGCCGAAGCCAACAGAGGAAGAAUGAGUAAUUCUACGUAAUGGGCCCUAGGGUCCCAGCAGUGUAUGCUACUGUACAAGGUUAAUUAAGGUUAGUUUUGAUAUAAUAAGCAUGUAUGAAAGUAAUGCGGUUGUCUAAUAAAGGAGAAAGCU